AUGCGGCGGGUGCAGGGCUCCGAGCCGCUCUCGGAUGUCUUCCUCCAACAGGCCAAGGCGCGACGGGUUGUAGCCGCACUCGCAAAUACGGACGAGCCGGAGCAGGCCAAUCGCGCUAUCACGUUAGCGCAGCAGAUGGGCGCGAAUCUCAAGCAAAACGUCUACGAGGGCGCCGCCCACGCGCAUGCAUCCUGGAAGCAGUGGAAGCUUGUGUUGGACGUCGUCGCGCUCGGGAUGAAGUAUACCGGGAAGACUACUUCCCGUCUUUUGAACUGGAAGAUCGCAGCAUGCUCGGGGCUGCGCAAAUAUGCAGCGCUGGCCACCAUACUCGACGAAUUCGAUCAAUACAACGUCAAACCCACCCCUCGCACAUUCCAUCUCCUCAUCGUCGCGCAUGUACAGAAUCACGAUUUGGAGAGCGCAUCCUAUGUCCUCCAACGCAUGGAAGACUACGGCAUCGCUGCCGACCCCUCCACUCACGCUGUCAUAUUGACGGCCUAUCGCUCUUUGGGCUACGAUGCUCGACUCCAGGACAAGGUGCUAGACUCGCUAGCGGACCUACCAGCCUCUCUUGCAGUGACGGUCCUCAACACCUGCAUGCAAGUCCGCCUCGAUGUACGAGACCUCGCCGGCGCCGCCAAACUCCUGGUCUACUUCGAUCACGAUCUCGUCGCUCCCCUCUACGCCGCCAUAACCGGCGAAAGCACCCUUCCGGACCCCCCUCUCAACCACAAAGCAUAUCCACCAGACAUUCAGACCUUCAUCAUUUACAUCAACCAGGCCGCUGCUCGAUGCGAUCUCGAGCGCGGCCUACUAAUAUUCGAGGGGCUGCGUAGGACCGGUAUCGAGCCCGAUGUCGAUCUCGUGGUCUCGCUGCUGCAUGUACACUUGACCUCGGGGUGCGCCGAUGUAGCGCUGGAGAUGGUCCGACGCAUGUGCAAGCAU